GUCGUCAGUAGCGAGCUGGACGCCGGUGGUGGAGGGUGUGCGCUCCUGCUCUCUCGUGUACUGCCUUUAUCUCGCACAUAUCUUGUGUUUCUUGUGCCUGGGAAUUUUCACAUGGUACCUAGUGCAGCUUAGCAGCGUCUUGGCCAUACAUUCUCGGUGUUAUAUAUGAGAUGGUGGUCGCUGGGAAGUGAGCGGGAUGAGUGUGGCGGUGUCGACGUCGACAGGGCUGGGGGGGUCGCGGCUUCCUCAGGAAGACGAUUCCCUUAUUGCUGAGGUGGACGGCUGGCGUCAGGACGUGAGAGCCAAGGUCACGGCGCUUAAGUGCCACGUUAUGGCCUCCAGGGGGCUCACCUCCGAUGGCCAUAUCGUAGCGCCAUAUUCCCCGCGGCUACUCAUGGAGGCGCCUAAUUCUCGCCUGCUUCUCGACGCAGCUAAUCUGGACUUGGAGGCCUACGCCGAGGCGCUGCAGAAAGGCGCCGGGUAUCUGGCUAAGGCCGAGCAGGCUGCCCGGAAUGGCUCCAGCGAGGAAGGGCCAGCCGACGCCUUGUCUCUCAGCGAAGUACAAUUCCGUUUACAGGAAAAUGGGGUCAGUAAUGGACACGAAACCCCGAAGAUCUCGGUCACUCCUGCUUCAUCUCCAACUAAAUCAAUAUCCAGCGUGUCUGCUCGGUCACACGCCUCCUCCACCUCGUCCACCACGUCCUCGUCGUCCUCCUGCACGUCCUCCACCUCGCCCUCCUCGUACUCACACUCGCCAGUUAAAGUGCUUGAAGUGAACGGACACGCUGUGAACGGGACGUGUGAGGGCGUGAAUGGAACACAGUCCUCCAGGCUGGAAGACGUGGAGGAGCAGCUGGAGAAGGUGAAGGACGAGCUAAAACACAAGGAGGAAGAGGUGCAGCGGUUGUCCAAGAUCAGGGACGAGGUGGAAAACGAGCUACAGGAACUGACAGCUAAUCUAUUUCAGGAAGCCCACAGUAUGGUUCACAAUGCCAACCAGCGUGCAGCCAGUGCGGAAAGAUCGCUGCGAGAGGCAGAAAUGCAGGUAGAGGUGCUGCAGGCGGAGGUAACAGCCCUCAAGGCUCUAGUGAUCACCUCCACACCAGCUGCCCCUAAUCCACACCUACACCCACAGCUCAUCAGCAAGAGUGUCGCUGAAACAGGGAAAAAAAUAUUCCAACGGGGUCAUCGGAAAUCGCCUUCAGACUUUGAUCUCAAAUAUGGACGAGAUACCACUCCUCCAAGUUCUCCACUCAAGGAAAGCAGAAUAAAUGAUGCAGCAGCUCUCUCACAAUUUCCACUGGACCCAGAGUGUUGGGAGGUGGAUCCAGUUGUACAUAAAGAAUUUAUAGCAUGGAAACAGAAUCCAACUUUAGAUCGCUCGGAUCCAUUCAUGCAGCGGAUAUAUGAAGAAGAUAUAGACCUGUGUCUAGCAUUCCCUAACUCGACACUGGCACAUCGUGUUCAGAGAGCCAUUGAAGAUAACGCUGUGUUUAUUGAAGAAGUUAAUCCACGACAAAAAAGUAGUUGUCCUAGAGUUGACCCCGAUGAAACCAGGAAGUGUGUGUUGUUAGAUGUUCCUCGGUUCUGCAAGUACCGGUUUCGACUUGGGGAAUCUGACGAUUGGUAUUACAUUUCACAGCUGGCCAGAAAUAGGAUUAUUGCCAUCUGUGACUUUCUCAACUAUUUAAGAUACAUUAAACUUGGUCUAGUCAAGAGCUCAAUUCAUGACGUGUACUGGGAGAUAGUGAAGCUGCGGCGGCAGAUGGCUUUAGCUCGUCUGGGAUUUUAAACUAUUUUAGUCAUUCAUUUCCUGAAGUUUUGGUGUAGAUCAUUAAAAGUGGUAGAGGAGUUUUAUUUUAUUUUCAGUGGAUUUUAAUCUGACUCUUUAAUGUGUCUUAAAUCAACAUGCUGUAGUAUUUAUGUACAAGUAAUUAGCAAUGUAGUGUGCACUCCUCUUGACGUUAAGAAAUUUGUGAUUGUCUAUACUGACAUGACAGGAAAAUUCCUGAUGAAAUAAUAAAGUUGGAUGAAAUAAGUAUGUGGGGGAUUUCAGAGAUACAUAAGGAUCUAUGUCAUCAUUCUUAAUACUGUGUUUGCCUGUCAUUUGGAAUACAGUGCUUUAUUUUUAUAUAAAUGAAUCUUGAAUUAUCAAUGUGUUUUAUAUAAGCACAACACAGUGCAGUGCAUAAUUACAUUUGUGUGUAUGCUGCAUUUGUUUAGAAUGCACAUUCUGUACUUCACUCAGUCCAGAGUAGAGACUUUGUACCGUACAUGAAUUUAAAAUUUUUUGCUUUAUCUGAGAGAAGUGUAGGUGGCUGGCAUUUUGGUGUUUGUACUGGCGAUACAACCAUGUCGUGCAUUAUCCAGUCUGCGAUGUCAGACAGCUAUACAAAUAAUAGCUACCAUUUGUCAGCAAUUAGGAAGGGAUUAACUUAAUCCACUGUUUCCAUCAUAAUAAAGAAACAAAAUUCACUCAUGGGAACAAGUACAGGGCAGAGUUAUUAAUGAUAGGGAUUUUCUAUUGUUACUUUUGAAUAUAGGGCAUGUUUAACUUAAGGCUUUUAUCUGAGGAAGAAAGAGGAGUGUGUUUAACUGUACAGACAAGUGCUGUUUUAGCCUUGUAUUAUCUUUGAGAUAUAAGUCCUGUGAUAAUCUACGCUCCUUGUGCAACAAAGGUUAUAAGUAGGUCUCCUCAGUUGUUACAGUGUUUAUCUAUGCUAUUCUGACAAGUGAUUAUUUAAUGUUGAAUAAUUUUGUUCAUGCAAUAUCAAAAAUAUUUCAUAAUACAGGUCAGCAACAUAAUGGAUAGUGUGUGGCUUCAAUUGUAAAGCAUAGAGUAAUAGAAUGAUAUAUAUAUACAGUAUAUUUAUUCACAAUACUAGUACUGUAAAUCCUUUUAACUUUGUUUAAUGUUUGGUUUAGUGUUAGAAGAUUGGAUUAUGUCUGUGUGUAAAUUCUAAAUGGACGAUAAUUAGUUACCAGUGAACAAGUGUUAAAUGUUCAUAGAUGAUAUUCAGUCUCUUCAGAUCUGAUACUUUGUAAAUAUAUAUACAUAUGUACAAUAUAUAUAAAUCUGUAUUUUACAAAAGAUUAUAAAACCAUUUAUUAAUCAUUAUUGUUAGUUAUUUUUUUUUUGUUUGUUAAGGUAUUUUAUAUUACUACUACAAGGAAGUGACAAGCAUUUUGUGUUUGUAAUAAUUGAUGGUCGAGAGACAUGGUGGUCACAACGUUCGGUAAGUAACGUGAAGAUUUAACUCAAGUUAUAACAACAAAAUACUCAGGAUGACUGAGUAUUAAUCUCAGUCAAAACAAAAAUUAAUGUUUUGAAAGUGUUGGUUUAAUGACAAAUUUUGUAUCAAAUGCUCAUUAUAAUGAAUGCAAAUUAUUUGAGUAGUUCCAAGGGUGUAAAUGUACAUUAGAAAUGUAUGAUUUUUUUUUAAGGUAUUAGUCAGAAAUUACAAGAGCGUAAAUUACAUCAAGUUUUGGAUGUAAUUCAAACAAUUAUUUCUGUCCUAAUCUGAUGAUCUCUCAUGCUGGUGAAGGGCGUAUCCUGAAAAGGUGACAAUAUAUAUAUAUGUAUGUUACAUUUUCUUGUUAUGGAAGUCAUAGAUUUGUUUAAUUAGACUGAGGAAGGCAUAUCCAGGUACAAUUUGUCUUUCGUUAAAUUUUGCAGUUAAUGUUUCAAGUUUGUGGUCCCAGCAUGGAUCUCCUGUAAAUAUAUUUUGUGUGUGUGAAGAUUGUUCUACAAAGGAUAUAAUUUCUUAUUUUCAUAUGUAAAAUUUGUGGAUUAAUCCUUAAAGAGCGGCUAUCAAAAGGGCCACUCAGCCUUUGUGCAAAAACAAAAACAAAACAAAAAAAAAUUUGAAUGAUAUAUUUUCAUGCAAAAAGUAAGAAAAGGGCAAAAAUUAAAUAAGUGCUUCUUUUCUGGUUCUGGGAGUUGUACAUUAGCCGGGUGGAGGGGGUCAAUGAGUGCAUCAGCACGAGAAAUGUGUAGUUUGACAAGUCGUGGCGUAAGGGCGAGAGUGCUCACCCAACUAUCAAGUUGGAUGGUUUUUAUAUUCAUGGCUUUACUUAUUAGUUUGUAUUAUAUUCUGUUGUAAUAAUUAACCAGAGUACAGUACAAUGAGUUAUAUAUAUAUAUAAAUAUAUAUGCUUGCAAUGCAAUAUGUACAUCUAUAUAACAUGUAAACUUGUCCCUGGUACUGCACAACGGAAGUGUCUUGCAACCUGCUUCACUGUUAUUCUGUUUUGGAGCAUCAUCCCAAAAUUUUGAAAUUUGGAGGGAAGACCAAAUUGUCAUUUGACAAUAAUCCAUGUAGGUGUAUUCUAUCCAUAUUAAUAAUAUGGGUAUAAAAUCGAAUAGUAAUUCUAAAAAUUAAAUUCAAACUGUUAGCCUGGGGACCAACGUAUAAUGAUAACUGCACUUUAAAGGUUAAGCACAAAAGGCUGAAAAUUUGUAUAACAAACAAUUUAUUAGAAAUUUUUAACUGUUCAGUUUCAUAUACAUCUCAUCAGUUUUUUUUUUCAUACUCGAUAUCAAUUUGUAUAUAAUUAGUGGUGCAUGUAUGAAAUAUAAUCGGUACGAUUCCCUUGGAUAUGAUUCAAGUACAUUUGCUUCAUACGUCAAAGCAACGCCUGAAUGUGUUAUUUGGUGCAUAGGUUAAGAUACUGGUGUAAAGUGAGACCUUCAAAUACUGUGAUUAAUCUUAGAAAAUAAAUCCAUACCCCUAUGCAUACACAAUGCUUUGUUGAUUUAAAUGUUUCUACAUCCAGGGAAAUUCUAGGGUAGAUCUUCAAUUAUCAACACAUCUGUAUAUUAUCACUUAUAAUGUAUCAAAAAUCUUGAAAUAAAAAAUCUGUAUUUUUA